AUGGACAUCACAACACUAAGUUUCAUUUUCAUGUGCCUUCUUUAUCAUGGUGGGUGUUUCCCGACGCCUACUUACACAACUAAAUACGAUAAUGUAAACAUAGAUCAAAUCCUAGCGAGUGAACGCCUGCUCGCUGGUUACGUGAACUGCCUUUUGGAUCUAGGACCAUGCACACCUGACGGCAAGGAGUUAAAAUCUAAUUUGCCCGAUGCAAUAGCAAACGACUGCAAGAACUGUACUGAACGUCAACGCGAAGGCGCCGAUAAGGUGAUGCACUAUAUCAUCGACAAUAGACCAGACGACUGGAACAAACUAGAACAAAAAUAUGAAUCUGAUGGAAGUUACAAGCGGCAGUAUUUAGAAAGUAAACAAAUUACUGAAAGAAAAACUGAAGAAAAGGAUAUGAACUCCAGCCAAAUCAACAGUGAUAAAAACAAGGAAUAA